AUGGCAAACUACUCAGCCAUCGGGUUUAUUGGCCUAGGAGCCAUGGGCGCUCCUAUGGUAGGCCAUCUCGCAAAUAAGCUGUCGCCGGACAUCUCAAUACACGUAUUCGACGUGGUACAAAGCAUCGUGGAUGAGUUGGUCAACCAGUUUCCCAAUAAAAUCCAUGCGGAAAAAAAUUCAAAAGAGGUGGCCGAGAAAGCUGAUAUUGUUUUCACCAUGGUCCCCGAAGGAUCCCACACUCGCAGCGUAUACCUUGAUCCUCAAACCGGGAUUUGUUCAACGGAUGUUAACAAUAAACUUCUUAUCGAUUGUUCGACGAUUGACACCGCGACAAGCCUCUAUGUCAAAGACUACAUCAAAAACAAUUUCCCUUUAGCUUCUUUCUACGAUGCACCCGUUAGCGGUGGAGUUCUUGGUGCAAAGAAAGGAACAAUUGCUUUUUUCCUUGGUUGUGCCGAAGAUGACCCCAACCUGUCACGAGUCACAGAUUUAUUGAAUAUGAUGGGAAAGCAAAUUAUUCCAUGCGGAGGGCCGUCAUUUGGGCUCGCGGCAAAGUUGUCAAAUAACUAUCUGUCAGGGACUAUUGCAAUCGCGUGCUCCGAAGCAUUUGACAUGGGUAUGCGUUCUGGCCUUGACCCGCGCGUUCUUGCGCGUGUUUAUGCUGCUGGAACAGCCCAGAAUACAAUCUGUGAUAAGUUUUGCCCUGUGCCUGGCGUUGCGCCGGAGGCCCCAUCUUCAAAGGGCUACAAGGACGGGUUCAGGGUGCAAUUGAUGAAGAAAGACUUUGGGUUAGCCGUUGACAUGGCAAAGCGAGUCAAUACAAAGCUGGUUUUGGGCGAGGCCGGCCUUGCUACAUAUGAUGGAGCCAGCCAGGACCCAAGGUGUCGGGAUCUAGAUUCAAGAGUGGUAUAUAGAUACUUAGAUGGGAACGAGGAUUGGGCGAAGGAAUUUAAGUAA